CUGUCAUCGUCAGAGCCACUGUGCUCCAACAGUCCUGUUGAAACUGUCAAAGAUGUGGGCUAAAAACGCUGGUGUUCUCCUCCUCCUUCUUCUCUCAGGGGUCGCCAUGGGCUAUGCUCCGCAUGGGGGGUCAGACCACUCGUCCCACGGGCACGGUGGGUUUGGGGGUAGUUCUCACGGCUUCGGUGGUGGUAGCCAUGGAGGGCAUGGGAUGGGCGUGGUCAGCAAACGCUCUGACGUCACUCCAAACGUACCCAAACCCGUACAAGAGCUCUACACUAAGGUCAAGGCUGUUAUACAAGGGAUCCGGAAGGGCACACAAAACGGUACUCUCAAGGGUAUCAUGGAGGAAAUUGUUGCUGAGGCAGAGAAAGUUUUGAAACUGGGAAAUGCCAAUGUCUUAAAGCAGGACGUGGAAUCUCUCAUCUCUUCAGUGGCCGUCAAGUUCCUGCAUCUGUUGACAGGUGUCACAGACAAUAUGCUACCUCCAUUUGAGUUUGCUCUCAGCGUCUUGGACCAGCUCACAGAUCUCCUGUACCAAGAUACCAAAGACGUGUACAUCGCUGUAGCGGCUAUCGGGGAAACGGCAGACUACGUAGAGAGGCUCUAUGACCUCAUGAGACAGAUAUUCCACAACGUCUUCGCUCCUGGUCCAGUAACUACGAAAAGACAGACAGCGGUCGGAGGUCACGUGAACACCGGGCCGGGGGGAACCACAGGGGGAGUUCACGCCACCCACACCUGGGACCACGGCGGCGGCAGCAAGACCACGGUGGGCGGUCACGUGGACCACGAUUUCACGCACGGGGGAACGAGCGGGGGUGUCAGUGUGAGUCACACCUGGCGACGUGAGAUGGAGGACAGGAGAAGAAGGGAGACAACAGUGGGCGGCCAUGUUGAAACUGGACCAGGGGGCACCUCUGGUGGCGUCCACGGCUCUCACACUUCCGGCGGAACUACUGUGAGCGGCCAUAUUGAUCACGGGCCAAGCGGCACGUCUGGAGGGGUCAGUGGGUCACACACUUGGCGAAGGAGUCCCCAGAGCAGAAGAGAG